AUGGAUAAAUUUAUAGAAAGAGGCCGCUUCGCCUUCGUAUAUCCUGUGGUACUGAUAUGUGGGCUAGUGGUGCAUUUGCUGGCUAAUGGUUCUACGCUCCAGCAUCAAAAAGAUACCUAUUAUCUUCUUUCGCCAAACAACGUUAUUAACCUUGUGUUUGCAUACAAGGGCAACUUAAUAUGGACCAUUUUGUUCGUAUCGCUAGCGGCAUAUCAGAUUAAAAUACGUGUAUCGAGGUCUGACCUCUUACCAAGAGAUGCAAGAACAACCUAUCCAGCAAGAUGGCAUCGAUUAGGCAAGGAAUAUGCGGUCAAAAUUAUUUUGAAGAAUUUACUGCUAUACGUAAUAUUCUUUGUGAUAGACUGCGUGUUUGUAUGGACUGGAGGUUCCUGUUCCUCUAGUGCUACUAAAUCUGCGGAGCGAUGUCGCAAGGAAGGCGGGAAGUGGGAAAAUGGAUUUGACAUCAGCGGUCACUUCUGCUUUUUGACCAAUGUGAGUCUGAUAUUGUGGCUUGAGCUAUCUUCGAUACAAAAGUACCUUAACUCGGAUGAGCGAACGCCCUCUAAACUGUGGCGCGUUUUGUUGUAUUCAAAUGUUUCUGUUCUUGUAAUCUGGGCGUUUGUUCUGUCAGUGACUGCUAUUUACUACCACACAACGCUCGAGAAGAUAUUGGGGCUUUUGAUGGGUUACAUCUGUCCGGUAAUUAUGUACUGGCUUGUACCUAGCCACACUGCAUUGCGCCAAUUACUUUACUAG